ACAUUCAUCAUGGAUCCUCCUCAUUCUCUACUCCUCGGCCCUCCCGAAAUCCACCUCUCCACCCCUUCUUCCGCUGGAAAACCAAAGCCAGCUAGCUCCGGCAAUCCUUUCAUGGAUGCUUUGGUAUCUGGCUUCAACAAUAUCGCCAGUAAACCGCCGAUGGGGUUCACGGAAAACAACUCUCCCACCUUCUUAUCUACCGGCAACCCCUGCCUCGACUUCUUCUUCCAUGUCGUCCCUGAUACACCACCCGAGAAUCUGAAACAGUGGUUAGAUUUGGCAUGGAGCCACAAUGCUUUAACCACUCUCAAGCUUAUCUGCAACUUGAGAGGUGUGAGAGGAACUGGAAAGUCAGACAAGGAAGGAUUCUAUACAGCUGCUCUAUGGCUCCACAAAAACCACCCUAAAACCCUCGCCUGCAACGUGAGGUGGUUUGCAGAUUUUGGUUACUUCAAGGAUUUGCCGGAGAUUCUCUACAGGCUGAUCGAAGGAGCUGAUGUUCGAAAAAAUGCACAGGUAUGGAGACCUAACGGAGUACGAACGAGAAGGCCGAGGCCGAUCUUCAAGAGGAAAAAGUCGAAGAAACGUAGACCGCAACGUGUAACUUUAGAAUCCUUUAUGCCGCGGGUGAAGUGGAAUCAGAGGAUAGCGGCUGCAACGGAGAAGGUCAUAAAUUUGAAGAAGGAAAAAGUGAUCUCCAAGGCGAAGAAGGCUGUCGAGAGGUAUAGCCGUGAUCCAGACUACCGAUACUUGCACGAUCGGGUCUCUGAUGUCUUCGCUGAGCUCUUGGUCGCCGAUCUUCAGUUCUUGAAGUCUAGACAACUCAGUAAUAUAAGCCUUGCAGCCAAGUGGUGUCCCUCUCUCGAUUCUUCUUUCGAUCGAUCAAUUCUCCUCUGUGAAAGCAUCGCCAGGAGAGUCUUUCCGCGGAAUUCUUACCUAGAAUACGAGGGGGUCGAAGAAGCUCAUUAUGCCUACCGAAUCCGCGAUCGUCUCCGGAAGGAAUAUCUCGUCCCACUCCGCAAAGUCUUAGAGUUGUCGGUGGUUUACAUGUCUGCAAAUUUGUGGAAUUCGCUUCCGUACAAUCGUGUUGCCUCGGUUGCCAUGAAAACCUACAAGGGGCACUUCCUGAAACACGACCAGGAGCGUUUCCAGGAAUAUCUCGGCAGUGUACAACGCGGAGAAGCUAAAAUCGCUGCCGGUGCAUUGCUGCCGCACGAGAUCAUAGCAUCCUUAAAUGACGUCGACGGUGGCAAAGUUGCAGAGCUUCAGUGGCAGAGAAUGGUGGACGAUCUGUCAAAGGAGGGAAAGCUGAGAAACUGCAUUGCGGUCUGCGACGUCUCUGGAAGCAUGGAUGGCACUCCAAUGGAAGUCUGUGUUGCACUGGGGCUAUUAAUCUCGGAGCUGAGUGAAGAGCCAUGGAAAGGGAAAGUAAUCACCUUCAGCCAUCGUCCUCAGCUUCACAUGAUCGAGGGAAAUGAUCUUGAAUCGAAGACUGAGUUCAUAAGAAAAAUGAAUUGGGGAGCAAACACAGAUUUUCAGCGACUGUUCGAUCAAAUACUAAAAGUUGCCGUUGAAGGGAAACUAAAAGAGGAGCAGAUGAUAAAGAGGGUCUUCGUGUUUAGCGACAUGGAAUUCGACCAGGCAUCGGAGAACAAUUGGGAGACAGACUAUAAAGCGAUACAGUGGAAAUUCAAGGAAAGCGGGUACGGAUCGGUGGUGCCGGAGAUUGUGUUCUGGAACCUGAGGGACUCGCGAGCGACACCGGUGCCGAGCAACCAGAGUGGGGUUGCUCUAGUGAGUGGAUUUUCCAAGAAUAUGGUGACGCUGUUCUUAGAAAAUGAUGGGUUGCUCAGCCCAGAUAUCACAAUGGAACUCGCUAUCUCUGGCGCAGACUACCAGAAACUCGUUGUCUUGGAUUGAUUUUUUCGAACCAAAUUUAUAUGAAUGAAAUAAAUUU